ACUAAUGGACGAAAGGCUCAGACCACAACUUCCCCUCCAGGCUAUGAGGUACGCAACAGUUUUCAUCAGAACUCAGAGAAAAAAACAGCCAGAAGCUGCAUCGUGUUCGCUGAUCUCUGCCCGCUGAAGGAGCCUGGUCGUGUGUUUUGAGCCCGUGCUGUCAUGGCUGUGUGGGGCAGGAGCCCGCUGCUGCUCGCCGUCACUCUGGGGAUGAGUUUUGGGAGAGCUGUGUCCUCCCCCCUUACAGCUGCUCUCGCAGAGCCUCAGGUCUGUUACAUCCUGGAUGGUAUCCUCUUCUUGUACGGCAUCAUCCUCACAGCGCUCUACUGCAGAAUCAAGAUCCACCAAGCAAAGGAGACCAAAGGAGUGGAAGGGAAGGGGAAGAAGGUUGCUGAGGAGGGCAUCUACACGGGUUUGACUCCUCAUGCCCAGGACACAUAUGAAACUAUCGGCAUGAAGAAGUGAAGAGCUGAUAUCCAACUCAAGCAUUUUCUAUUAACAGCAUUUAUUUUAUAUUUAAAUAUUGCAUUUUAUAACCUGCUUCACUUUUGAGAGAGUGAGAGAUUGUUAGAGUCAGAGUUUAUUUCUCUUUUGCUUUUGUAAAAUAAAUAGAGUGAGAGAGAGAGAGAGAGAGAGAGAGAGAGAGAGA